UUCGGCGAAAUUCGUUGUCUAUAUUUGUACUUGAGCUACUGAUAAGACACAUAAAAAAGUGAAUUUGAAAUUUGAAUAACCUUUAAAGUCAGCGUUUCCUUGUUUUGAAAUUAUUUUAGUAAAAGUUGAGCUUUACAAACUCGAGUUUCAAUUUUCAAAAAUUCAAACUUGAUUUUAAAGUCGUAUGAUCGUUUUAUGGCUUCAAGUUGUGUGGUUUAUUUUUUUUAUCACUAAUGUUGAAGUUGAAUGUUCCAAGAUGUUUGAACACGUUGUGAAUUCGUUUCCAGAAAUUAAUAAACCGCUAUCAGCAAAAUACUUGCAAUGUUCAGCCUAUCUUACAAUAAAAGAAAGGGUACCUGGUAUCCUGCAAGGAGCCAUUGACGAUCUCAGAAACGAUGAAGAAAUAAAAUCAAAAUACGGAGAGGACGUCGUUAAAGAAAUCGAAACAAUCGUCAAGCAAGUCGAAACACUAAAAAAUGGUAUGUCGAACGAUCAUCCAUUCGUUGAAUUAACCACCAGCGGUAGUUUAUCCGAAGAAGCAGCCAUAUUCAACAAAGGAAUACAGAAAAGACAACUUGAAAAUUCUGGAAAUCCUGCAUCUUGGUUCCAAGCAGAAUGGCUUUUCGCAGAAUGUUACUGUUAUUUUAAAUUGAACGAAAUUUUCCGCACGAGCGAGUAUUUGAACGAAUACGAUUACUUUUCGAAGGUGAAAAAUGAGUCACUUUUAGCUUCCAAAGCGCCUAUACUCCAACUGGCUAAAUUCAUCAAUGAAAAUCGAAUCAAGUGGGCGAGUACUGAAGAGGAGAAGAAACAAACUUUCAUUUUCUUAUUGAAGUGUUCGCUGUGGGGUAAUAAAGCUGACCUGUCGUUGUCCGGUGGUAAAACAGUUGCAAGUGAUCACACUGUUGGCUCUGAAAUGUCCACAUUGGAUCAGAAUAUAAUAGCUAAUGAUUUAGAAGAAGUUUACGAGCUGUUAAAUAACAACGAGGAUCAAAUUAUUGAUAUUGUUCUGGAUAAUGCUGGAUUCGAAUUAUUCAAUGAUUUAUGUUUCGCUGAUUUCCUAGUUCAGGCGGGGUUCGCCAAAAAAGUCAUCUUCCAUGGUAAACCGAUGCCAUGGUUCGUAUCUGAUGUUACUCCUCUCGAUUUCAGUUCUAUCUUCGAAAUAUUACAAAAUCAGUUCAAAUCAGAACAAAUCGACAAGCUUGUAAAUGAAUGGCUGAAUUACUUGAAAAAUGCCCAAUGGAUAUUCAAAGCAGAAACAUUUUGGAUCUUGCCGUACGAUUUUAGUAAAAUGUCCACCGUAAAUCCAAAACUAUACGAAGAACUUUCCCAAAACAAAUUGAUCAUUUUUAAAGGUGACCUGAACUACAGAAAAUUAGUCGGUGAUAUUUACUGGGAACCUACGACUAGUUUCAAAACCGCAUUAAGAGAGUUUGAUCCUACUAACGUGGUAGCAUUACGAACUGUGAAAGCUGAUUGUGUGGCCGGACUUAGGGAAGGUCUUUUUGAAGAAAUGACUCAGAAAAAUCCUAACUGGUUGAUUAAGCCUACCGGAGAGUACGCUCUUCUACAACUUUCGAAGAAAAAGUGAUAAAAUUUAGUUCAUCUCAAGUGAUGUGAUUAUUAUUUCAUUGCAUUCUGAAUGGGUUUAUAAGUCACUUUAGUUUCUAAUAAAACGUUUUUAGAAUUUCUCAGUAA